UAGCAAUAUGGAAUAUACUUUUGUUAGUAGAAACACCCUUGAUCAGAUUGUAGAAAGUUAUAUAUUGAGUCUUCCUGUAUCAAAGCAAAAAAAAGCUAUAAUAAAUAAUGAACUUUUAAAUAAAAUUAAAACCAUUUUAACAAAUCCAAAAGAAACCUUCUCUUAUGAUAAAAACACUCGCGAUUGGGCUAAAAAAAGAUUUAGAGCUGAAGAAAUUAUGCUUGACGAUUAUAGAAUAAUUGUAAAAGAUACAAAUAAUCCUGUAUUAACUAAAGAGAACAUGUAUGAGGUUUUGUGCCAAACCCAUGGUGAAAUUACACAGCAUGGUGGACAAAAACAAACAUGGAAAUCGUUACGAGAGAGAUGGGGCUGGGUAAAACAAAGUAUUGUUGAACAAUUUGUUAAUAAUUGCACAAUAUGUGCUCUUAGAAAACCAUCAUUUCAUCCCUUGGCAGCCAAGCCAAUAAUUGCAAAGAAUUUCUUAUCUCGCAUUCAG